ACGCUCUGCCAUCCAACAACCCAACCGGGUUCAUCUGCAAAGCAAUACUCGACAACGGCUUACACCAUCUUCUCGGUCUCCAUUAGCAGCACAGCAGGACGAAGCUGCUAGAGCUAGAGCUCUCCACCGCCAGCACUUGUUACGACAGUCGCGCAACCAGAACAGCCCGAUCUAUUCGGCAUCUGCCCCAGGAUCCACUGCCGCUGUCAACAACGGUCAACACCGUCGUGUCAUUAACGGUCAACGUCCACCUGUUCCUUUAUUCAACGGUCCGAACAACAACAACAACAACAACAACAACAACAACAAUAUGGAACUAGACAUUGAUCUCCCCGAUUUCGGCCCCUUCGAGGGCGGGGCGCCGGUCUCAGAGUUCUCCUCUCCGGCCAACCCAGCAUUCGGCCUCGACCUGAGUGGUUCCCUACACAGCUCCGUCAUGAGUGUGUCUCCCACGGAGCUGCUCCUGACGGAGAACCUGAUGUCUGCUCCGGGAUCCACUGCUCUGACGCACCUGACAACGCCUUCGGGCUAUGACACGUCUCCUGCCUUCACUGAGGAUUGGAAUGCUUCCCCUCUCUUUGCCCAGAACGACUUUGAGACCGCGCAAGAGUGGCCGUCUCUGUUUCCUGAUGCCGAGACAUCUGCUGCACCGGCACCAGCACUGGCGGCACCUGCGCCUGUGCCGGCCGCCCAGGCUGAGGACUCUCCAUCUGUGGAUUCGGAGGACUUUGAGCCUGCUCGAAGGCCCAGCCAAGCACGCAAGUCUAGUGCAUCCUCGUCUCCCUCUGGUCGUCACUCGUCGGUGUCUGGGGUGAGCGCUCGCCGACGUGGCAAGCCCCUGCCUCCCAUCACCAUCGAUGACCCCAGCGAUACGGUGGGCAUGAAGCGCGCCAAGAACACCCUCGCUGCUCGCAAGUCUCGGGCGCGCAAGGCGGAGCGCAUGGACGAGCUCGAGCGCCAGGUCAGGGAACUUGAGGCUGAGAAGGAGAAGCUGGCGGCUGAGCUUGCCCACUGGAAGAGCCUGGCUUCUUCGCAGGGCGCAGCCGGACAGUAGAGGAAGGAAGGAAAGGGGGGAUAAAAGUUUACGGAGAGGAUGUUUGUGUCUCUUUUCUCAUACACGCUCGCAAGAACUGGGAGGAUGCGUCUGCCUUGCGGUUUUUUCCUUGGAAUGCACCUCCACUUCUUUUUUUUUUUCCCUCCCCUUAUCAUCAGGGGUUAACAGUAUCUGGCACGUCCACGACGUCGACCUUGAUGAUACAUUCUUACCGGAAUUGGACGGGUUCACUGUCAUGGUUGUUACUUGACUCUUUUGGUUCAUUGUCACGAGAUAUCAUUCUUAAACCGCCAGAACUUCCACUGGCCAUGUUAUUCGGUUGAGCUAUAACAAUAGUAUUGUAUUCUGAUACACA